GGAAAGACCGAGAGGCGGAUCUGACGAAGCCCCAGCGCAGCCAACUCCGCAGCGUGUCUCAAACAAAAUGAAACAUGGAUGAGGACGUCGCCGAAAGUUGGGAGGAAGCUGCUGACAGCGGGGAGAUGGAAAGACGGUUAGAAGAGAAGCUAAGGAUCAGCCAGAAAGAAAAGGUGUCCAGUAAUAGUUCUUCACGAUCGCCAUUGAAAACAGCCAUAGUGAUCCAGGACAACUCUCUCCCAGCGGCGCCGCCACCCCAGAUACGCAUCCUGAAGCGCCCUUCUAGCAACGGGUCACUGGGGUCGCCCUUGAGUCAGAACAGGCCCACACCACAAGUGAAGUCUCUGGCCCAGCGAGAGGCCGAGUACGCAGAGGCCAGGAAGAGAAUACUGGGCAGCGCAAGCCCAGAGGAGUCGUCUCAGGACAAGCCCAACACAGACAGGCCAGGGCGCAUUAACUCUACAUUGCCUUCAGAGGAGACCCGAUCAAACAAUCACGCUGUCCGGCAGCCGUCCGGCCCAGACGGCACCCAAGGGUUCCGGCAGCACAGAUAAGUGGGCCAGAGGCCACCCAGCCAUGAGGGGGAGAGACACCAAGAGGAGAAGUGAAGAACACCCAACAGCCUGCCUGCUAGCAAAGGCAGCAGUACAUUUUCUACACUUCUUUCCUUCAGUUCAGUGGUAUUGCACCGGCCGUCACCAUGGCCACACCGCCCCAAGCUCCUCCCACCAGCUGUAUUGGUGGGAUUGGGAGGUGAUUGAGCAGCUCUUGGAGGAAGUGAAAAGGAAAAUGUGCUCUCUUCUCUCCCCACUCCAAUCUGUUUGACACUGUGAUUAAGGACAUCUUCUGGACUCACUGUGAUGAUCCCUUUAAGAGACGCCCCUCUCUUAUGUCCCUCUCCUCCUCAGUCCCUGGUGAGGUCAUGUCAGGAAGCCUGCAGGGCCGAAGGCCCGCUGGACAUCAGCCAUGGAUGCCUCUGAUGGCAAAGACUUGAGAGCGAAUGAUGGCUGAAGAGAGGAGUUGUGACGGGCCAUAGCAAAAUUAGACGGGCUGGUACAUGUGCAGCAGCUCCUCCCCAGCAAUAAUACCAGCGGUCACUAUCCACCCCUUACUCAUCAUGUCCCCUCGCUAUGUUUUUAAUUUGUCAGUUGUCAGUUUGUUUUUACCUUCUUUUUUUUUUUUUUUUUUUUUUUUGUUCUUGCGUAUUUCUUAAUAAUCUGUACACAAUCUGUUUACGGUUCUAUUUUUUUUUUUUUUUAAGCUUUUCUGGCGUCUUCCUCAGACUGUCAUCAUUUCUAUUUAAAAGUAAAAGAAUAAUUUUAAAAAAGACAAAUGAAGAUGAGAUUAUGGAAUCCAGUCCAUUUUUAAGCAGCUUUUUGUAUGAGAUAGUAGUGAUGUCAGCAGUAUUUUAUCCAAAUGAAACUAAGUCCCAUUUUAAAUUGACUUGUAUAUAUUGGUUAACUCAGAUGUCAUGAUGUUGGAGGGAGGUCCAGAUGGGGAAUGAAUUUACUGCUGUACCUCAUAGACCUCUCCAUCAUUAUCUCCACUAUGUCAACUGUGUGCUCGUUUGUUCAUAUGUCCUUCACUGAUGUACGUAGAACUCAGGUGCAAGUGGAAGAGACUGAAUGAACUGAACUAAGAUUGUAUUUUUCUGAUGGCUUUGAUUGCGCAAAUGUCCAUAUAAAAACUCAAGUUGGCACCUAUUUUAGAAACAAGGCUAUACAAAGAGUGCAGUGACAUGUCACUGAAGAUGUGCCCUGUCCCAGGAUGAAUACAUGUGUGGAAUGAAAGCAGUCGGUAGAUGCCAGUCCAAGUCUGUCAGGUGGUUUAGUUUUGUGUGUGAUGGCUAGCAGGACUGUGGCAUCUUAACAGAGAAAUGGUUAGCAUCACUCCUUGUGAUUGUUGAGUGUCCAGCUGGCGUGUUACUUGAUGCCCCACUGCUGAAGCGGAAUGUGUAGACAUCUGUGUAUCAAAUAGAGAUGAAGCUAUGAAACCUGGUGUGUCCAGUGGCGUUGUGCCCAAUAGGUGUUAAGUUUUUUGUUUUGUUUUGUUUUUUUUGCACCAUUUGUCAAAACAAGGAAAAGAUCUCAAUGUAGCCAUAUUCAAUGGUGUGCAUCUUGAUGAGAAUUUUUUUUUUUUUUUUUUUUUUCAGUAGAAAUGAUCUUGAAAUGGUUGACUUCAGAUUGUGCCUCCUGUAUCACAACUUUUCUUCCUGGUUGCUUACUUAACAUACUUUGUGUCAAGUGAGUUUGAGUGACAAAAUACAUCCAAGGGAAAUUCUGAAUACUGGUGAAGAUUGUUUUUCUGGAAAUGUAGCCGGAGAUGGAUGGGGUUAGUCGAGUUCUGAUUGAGAACAGAAACUGCCUGUAAAUGAUUUAAUAAAAAUGAUUUGCAAAAAACAAA